AUGGAGACUUAUUUACAAGAAAACUUUGAAGUGAAGUCCAAGAACUCAUCUGAAGAGGUUCUUCAGAAUUGGAGAAAACUCUGUGGGAUUGUUAAGAAUCCCAAAAGGAGGUUUCGCUUCACUGCUAAUCUCUCCAAGCGAGGCGAAGCCGCUGCCAUGCGUCGCACCAAUCAGGAGAAAUUGAGGGUUGCUGUUUUGGUUUCCAAAGCUGCAUUUCAAUUUAUCCAAGGUGAGUUGAGAGAGUUUCACAGAGAGAUGCAUAUAUUCAUAAAACAAAUUUCAUUACUUGCAAUUACGCCUGCAGGUGUGCAACCAAGUGAUUACAAAGUACCUGAAGAAAUUAGAGAAGCAGGCUUUCAGAUCUGUGCGGAUGAAUUGGAGUCUAUUGUUGAAAGACACGACAUAAAGAAGCUAAAAUAUCAUGGUGGGGUUGAUGGUAUCUCAGAAAAGCUUUCUACCUCAACCACUGAUGGUAUUAGCAAUGACUCCGACCAACUUAUCAAGAGACAAGAAAUUUACGGAAUCAACAAAUUCAUCGAGAGCGAAGCCCGUAGUUUCUGGGUUUUUGUUUUCGAAGCCCUUCAAGACAUGACGCUAAUGAUCCUAGGCGUGUGUGCUCUUGUGUCUCUCGUCAUUGGAAUAGCGACAGAAGGAUGGCCCAGAGGAGCUCACGAUGGCCUAGGAAUCGUCGUAAGUAUCCUUCUGGUCGUGUUUGUGACAGCGACAAGUGAUUAUCGCCAAUCAUUACAGUUCAGGGAUUUAGACAAGGAGAAAAAAAAGAUUGCCAUGCAGGUCACAAGAAAUGGGUAUAGGAAAAAAAUGUCGAUAUAUGAUUUAGUUCCCGGCGACAUUGUGCAUCUUGCUAUAGGAGAUCAAGUCCCCACAGAUGGACUCUUUGUUUCAGGAUUCUCCGUGUUGAUCGACGAGUCAAGUUUAACUGGAGAGAGCGAGCCAGUGAUGGUGAAUUCCCAGAAUCCAUUUCUUCUCUCUGGAACUAAGGUUCAAGAUGGAUCCUGCAAGAUGUUGGUCACAACUGUAGGAAUGAGAACUCAAUGGGGUAAAUUAAUGGCUACAUUGAGUGAAGGUGGAGACGAUGAAACGCCAUUGCAGGUGAAACUGAAUGGAGUGGCCACUAUCAUAGGGAAGAUAGGCCUAUUCUUCGCGGUUCUUACUUUUGUAGUUUUGAUGAAGGGACUUAUGGCACGUCGACGACAUGAAGGAAGAUUUUGGACUGUGUCUGGGGACGACGCCAUGGAGAUGUUGGAAUUCUUCGCCGUUGCAGUUACAAUCGUUGUCGUUGCUGUCCCUGAAGGGUUGCCAUUAGCUGUGACGCUGAGCCUUGCGUUUGCUAUGAAGAAAAUGAUGAACGACAAAGCCCUUGUUCGACAUUUGGCUGCCUGCGAGACCAUGGGUUCAGCGACAAGUAUAUGUAGUGACAAGACAGGAACGUUGACGACCAACCGCAUGACUGUCGUCAAAACAUGCAUUUGUAUGAACAUCAAGGAACUGACCAAUGAGGAGAAGGAUUCUUCUAGUUUUCGCUCUGAGUUACCAGAUUUUGCUAUGAAAUUGUUACUAGAGUCGAUAUUUAAUAAUACUGGAGGAGAGGUUGUGACUAAAAGAAAAAGCAAAAGGAAACGUGAGAUCCUGGGGACGCCUACAGAAGCUGCAAUAUUGGAGUAUGGGCUGUCACAAGGUGGGGAUUUUCAGAAAGAGAGAAAAGCAUGUAAGAUUGUGAAAGUUGAGCCAUUCAACUCAGAAAAGAAAAGGAUGGGUGUAGUUGUGGAGUUGCCUGAAGGAAAUUUUCGAGCUCAUUGUAAAGGUGCUUCUGAGAUCGUUCUAGCUGCUUGUGACAAAGUGAUCAAUUCAAACGGAGAGGUCGUACCCCUUGAUGCAGAGAAAAGUGAUUAUCUUAAAGAAACAAUCCACUCAUUUGCUUGUGAGGCACUUAGAACUCUAUGCCUUGCCUAUGUGGAAUUGGAAAAUGGGUUCUCUGCUGAAGAUCCCAUUCCUAUUUCUGGAUAUACUUGUAUAGGAAUCAUUGGUAUCAAGGAUCCUGUUCGUCCUGGUGUUAGGGAAUCUGUUGCAAUCUGUCGCUCAGCAGGAAUAAGAGUAAGAAUGGUCACAGGUGACAAUAUUAAUACUGCAAAGGCUAUAGCCAAAGAAUGUGGGAUUUUAACAGACGAUGGCAUAGCAAUAGAAGGCCCAGAUUUCAGAGAGAAGACUCAGGAGGAAAUGUUUGAACUAAUUCCCAAAAUUCAGGUUAUGGCCAGAUCCUCACCACUAGAUAAGCAUACUUUAGUGAAACAACUGCGUACUACGUUUGGAGAAGUUGUGGCUGUAACUGGUGAUGGAACGAACGACGCCCCUGCCCUUCAUGAAGCAGACAUUGGACUUGCAAUGGGCAUUGCUGGAACUGAGGUUGCUAAAGAAAGCGCUGAUGUCAUAAUUCUGGAUGAUAAUUUCUCUACUAUAGUGACAGUGGCAAAAUGGGGACGUUCAGUUUACAUAAACAUUCAAAAAUUUGUCCAGUUUCAGCUGACAGUUAACGUGGUUGCCUUACUAGUGAACUUCAGUUCAGCAUGCACAACAGGAAGUGCACCUCUUACGGCAGUUCAAUUAUUGUGGGUGAACAUGAUAAUGGACACACUUGGAGCACUUGCCCUGGCAACUGAACCUCCAAACGACGAACUAAUGAAACGUUCACCAGUGGGAAGGCGGGGAAGUUUCAUCAGCAAUGUUAUGUGGAGGAAUAUCUUAGGCCAAUCUCUAUAUCAAGUCCUAGUGAUAUGGAUUCUCCAGGCCGAAGGGAAAUGGAUCUUUGGAAUGAAGGGUCCAGAUUCUGAUAUCUUGUUAAACACACUUAUUUUCAACACAUUUGUCUUCUGUCAGGUUUUCAACGAGAUAAGCUCACGCGAGAUGGAGGAAAUAGAUGUUUUUAAGGGCAUAUUGGAUAAUCAUGUUUUCGUGGCUGUCAUAAGUGUCACUGUUUUGUUUCAAAUAAUAAUAGUUGAGUAUUUAGGAACCUACGCUAACACCACACCCCUUGCUCCCAUCUACUGGUUGUUUAGCGUUUCCAUUGGAUAUUUAGGCAUGCCCAUUGCUGCUCACUUAAAGAAGAUCCCUGUCUGA